AAUUUGCUGAGAUCUCAAGUUCGCGGGCUUUUUCUCUAGCUAACUAUCAUUAACUUUUUCUCAGCCAUUCUUAACAGAACGGUAAUUCCCAGUGCGUCAUCGUAUCUUCGACUGAGAUGAAAGCUUAGACAAGUAUUGACUUACAGAUACCCAUACCGCAAUUAGUUAGUUCUGAGCAGUGCAACGCCUCAGUGUAGAUAGGAGCGACCUAGAGUGAACGAAGCUAGUAUUGGUAGUUUAGAAAAAGUUCUAACCGUAAUAGUUCGGUAAUCCGCAGCACUAUGAAAGCCUUUCUAGUAAUUGCGGUCUGCACAUUGUACCAGCAUUUAUUUUUGGUUGAUGCCCAAAGCAUCUACUAUGCGAAAGAUUACCCAGGUAGACCUUCACCUGAAAACGAAUAUUAUCAGAAUAUCUACCGGGAAGGUGCCCGACCAGAUGAAGCAAUUUCAAGGGUAGCAGAUCGAAGAGUAUAUUUCCCUUCAACUGAAAGCCAACCUGUUUGGGAUAAUGCCGACAGAAACAGGGGAUCGAAUCAACCCAUUCCGGAUAAAUCUAGACCUCGAACUACAAGAGCUCCAAUCACAGCUGCACCGAUUAAUCCUCAAAUGAAUUUCCAUGCAAAUGAACGACCAUCACAAAAGAAAGGGAAAAGACCAGAUAUUCGAAGGGCAGUAGAUCAUUUCUCCUGGAGGGUUUUCAGGGGUUUGAAACUACCCAACGAUUUUGAUAAUUUGGUUCUAAGUCCUAUCAUGAUUCAAUUGCAAUUAUCAAUUUUGCAAAAAGCCGCCGCUGGCCAAACCCGAAGGCAAAUCCAGGAUGCCAUUGGACGAAUUAACACCAAUGAGGUUCUACAGCUACUGAAAAGCGGGUCUGGAAAAUCGAAUGCUCAAUUGGAAAUUGCCAAUGGGAUAUUUGUUGAUGCAAGCGAACAUUUGAAUCAAUCUUUUGUAAAUCAAGCUCAAAGAGCAGGUGUCGAUAUUGUACCUGUACAAUUCAGACAGGACGCAACAACGCGAGCUCAUAUCAAUAAAUGGGCUUCUGAUGCUACUCAUGGGCAGAUACCUAAGUUGCUGAGUGAUUCAUAUGAUAUCAAAUACGUGGAAAUGGUUUUGGCAUCCGCAAUUUAUUUCCAUAGCACAUGGAAGUAUAAGUUCAACCCCAUUGAACUGCAACCGUUCCAUGCAUUCCAUGCAGGAAAAAUGAUUGAAAAAUCCGUCCCAUUCAUGCAAUUGAAGGCGGACCUCGUUUGGGAUCGUAUUGCUGCUGGUGGUCAAAUUACCGGAAGGUUUAUCGAAAUACCAUAUGAGAACAACGCGUAUUCCAUGGUCAUUUUACUUCCAGACAAGCAAUUCACAUUAGACGAAUUUAUCAGAGCAUUCACACUAGAAACCCUAGAUACAAUCUGGGACGGUUUACGUGACACAAAACCAGAACAUGUCACGGUAAAGAUGCCGAAGUUCAGCAUUUCAUCUCAGGCUUCAAUUCUGAAUACACUUCUCAAGCUUCAAAUUACCGACCUGUUCACAAUAAAUGCAAAGCUGCCAUAUUUUGGACUAAAUGAUGAUCCCAAGGUUAGCGAUAUCCUGCAGCAAGCAGUGCUGAAAGUAGACGAGAAUGGCACAACAGCAGCAGCGGCAACAGUCUCCCUUUUGAUACCACUGAGUGCCGAUAUGAAUGUUGAGGAAGUUAUUGUAGUCGAUCGUCCAUUUUUAGCAAUAAUUUUUGAUAAAACGAGCGAGAUUCCGAUAUUCAUUAGUAAAGUUUAUAACCCUUAGGAUUAGUAUCGUCUCUAUACACAUAUAUGCAUAAUCAUGACUGCAUAACCAUCUAAGCUUUUCAUGCCUAAAAAGGUUUGCAUUUAGUAUCAUCUUAUUUCACCACUUAAAUAUGUAGAAUAAAUAGUUAGUGAUAUACAUAUA